GCACUUCAUUUGGCUGCAGCAACGCACACAUCCGCCUUCCUCACUUUGUCAAUCAGACUCGGGCUGUGACCACGCAGUCACAGAAAUCCUCAGGUGAUUAAAGCCGGCGUGGCUUUCUCACAGCUUUCUGUCCAGGGAGAUCUGAGGACCACUGAAGGAGAAGAUGUUGAGGCGAAGGCCUUCAAAUGCCUCGGAGAAGGAGCAGGUGCAGGCGCAGAAGAAGAAGCUCACCCUGCAGAGGUCCAGCAGCUUCAAGGAUUUCAUGAAGCCCAAACCUACCUCUCCUGUUGUGUCAGAGAAGGAGUUCUUGGAGGAGAAUGUAGCAGACGGUGUGGCUGCAGAGGAAGCAGUGAAAAGUGGCAGCAAACUGGGAAAGAAAUGGCGCAAUGUCAUCUCACGUACCAUGACCCGCAAAACAUCCAAGAUGGUGCAGAAGGCUUUAGCUGAAGAAGGGGGGGAGAGCGGUGAGGAGCUGUCUCCUGUCUCCUCUGACUGGCUUCCAGAUCUGAGUGCAGGUCAGAGGACGUCGGUGUGCUCCACAGGCUCGGAGGACACCAUGCCCAGCCCCAUCACCCGCCAGCUCUCUGGCAGCAGCGACAGGCAGAGCCUGGACAGCGGGUACAGCCAGAGGGACAGCAUGCGACUGGAGGAGAACGGCUUGGCUUACAAUGGUCCGUUCUGUGGCCGCGCCAUGGUCCACACUGACUUCACCCCCAGCCCCUACGAUGUGGAGUCGCUAAAACUCCAAAAAGGAGACAUCAUCUACAUCAUCGAGAAGCCCCCUGUGGGCACCUGGACAGGGAAGCUCAACAACAAGGUGGGCUCGUUCAAGUUCAUAUACGUGAACAUCCUGCCCGAUGAGAACCCCCCGACCAGGAGGAAGCGCUGCAAAAACAAGGCCAACCAAAGCAAAUCCAAACCCAAAUCCCUGGAGGAAGUCCUGGAUAGCAUGGACCUGACGGAGCUGAGUUCCCUGCUGUCCAUGCAUGGUUUCCAGACUCUGGAGGACUUUGCAGGGCUGAAGGAGUCUCACCUGAAUGAGCUGAACAUCACAGACCCAGAACAGCGCUCCAAGAUCCUGAACGCCACCGAACUGCUCAGAGACUCUGAAGAAGAGUCGGGGCCAGAAGAGGAGGAAGAGGAGAAGGAGGAGAGAUCUGGAGAGGACACCAAGGAACCGAGGGAUUCGGGUUGUUUUGAGAGCUCAGAGAACCUGGAGAGCGUACCCGAAGAGCCAAAGACGGAGGAAGAGCCAGAGAAUCAUGAACCGGAGUCCGAACAGCUGCAGUCCGAGCAGCCACAGGAGACCCAGACGGAACAGCUGGAGACUGUGCAGGAGCAGCUGAAGCAGCUGACAGUGGACGAAGGAUCUUGAGAAGGGAAUGGACAGAAAACUACUCAAACUUCUUUUAUUCCUGGUUCUCAGGGUCUCUGUGGAUGCCCAUUUAAUCCCACUGAACUAUCUCUACAUGAUAAGAGAGAAGAUUUUGUAGAGUUACAGGCUGAAACAGUGUGAAUAUACUGCCUGCAUUUCUAUUUGAUUUGAUUUAUUUUUGUUAGUUUGUUUGGAAUGUCAAGCAAGGGGCAUGAGUUUUAUCAUCUGGCCUAUCUGGGAGCAGUGUUUUAGAUGAAUGUGUUAUUGUAUUGUGGUGUUUUCUGAUUUAUGUAGCUGUCAUCAUUUCUCAUCAAGAUGUCUCACCAUAAUGGUAUAUAUGAAGAGUUCAGAUGCAAAAGUCACUAAACUCCCCCGCUGUCAAAAAUGUGAUAACAUUUCACUUCAUAACAAACUAAAUAAACUCUGCCUAGUUUGAA